AUUCUGUUGGACUGCGGGCUGCAGCGAGCUCCGGUGCAUCGGCGCUCAUAUCCCGUCAGGGUUUUUUUUUAUUUUACUUAUCCGGUAUAUAUAUAUAUAUAUUGGAAAUACGCGUGCUGCGUUUGCGAAGCAUGUCAUCUGCGCGCUUCGACUCUUCGGACCGGUCCAGUUGGUACUUCGGUCCCGUCUCGCGCCAGGAGGCGCAGAGCCGGCUGCAGGGACAUAGGCACGGCGUCUUCCUGGUCCGGGACUCCUCCACCUGCCCCGGCGAUUACGUGCUGUCGGUGUCGGAGAACUCCAAGGUUUCUCACUACAUUAUAAACUCUCUGCCCACCAAGCGGUUUAAGAUCGGCGACCAGGAGUUCGACAGUCUGCCCGCCCUGCUGGACUUCUACAAGAUCCAUUACCUGGACACGACGACGCUCAUAGAGCCGGCUGCCAGGUAUGUUAACCCUGCAGUGAGCAGCAGUCCAGCGAUGCCGCUGACUGGCUUGGAUGAGAACCUGGAGUAUGUGCGGACUCUGUACGACUUCUUGGGCAAUGAUGCCGAGGACCUACCCUUCCGGAAGGGCGAGAUCCUGGUAAUCUUGGACAAGCCGGAGGAGCAGUGGUGGAGCGCCCGGAACAAAGAGGGCCGUGUGGGCAUGAUCCCUGUGCCCUAUGUGGAGAGGCUGGUGCGCUCCAGUGCCCACUCAGGCACCUUGCCCCAUGGCAGCCGUAAUUCCAACAGCUAUGGGUUCCCUGAGCCAGCCCAUGCGUACGCACAGCCCCAGACAUCCUCACCCCUGCCGACUGGGCCCGGUCCCCUGCCAUCCACGCAGAACGGUCCCGUCAUGGCCAAGGCCAUCCAGAAAAGAGUGCCCUGUGCCUACGACAGGACUGCCCUGGCGCUAGAGGUGGGGGACGUGGUCAAAGUGACCCGGAUGAACAUUAGCGGCCAGUGGGAAGGCGAGGUCAAUGGCCGCAAAGGGCUCUUCCCCUUCACCCAUGUGAAAAUAAUCGACCCGCAGAAUCCGGACGAGAACGAAUGAGACGACGCCCCUUGCCCUCCCGACUCCCUCCGCCACCGGCCGUGGCGUGCCGUAUCGCUGUGGGGAACGCAGCUGUUUACAUGACGUUCAUGGAAAUCAGUGUUCGCUAGCCGCUGCUCCCAAGCUCCGCUCCUCAAAACAGCCGUUUACCUGUUGCCUAGCAACAGGUUCACCCACCCACCAGUAACAGGUGAGGUGUGGACUGUUGCUCUGGUGCAAUGUUUUGUUAUUUCUUUUUGUUCUUCCUUCAAGCUGCCUGAGCUUUUGCAGGUAAGAUGGCAAGUCUGGCUUCGCUAGUCAAACGGAAGCUUUUAAACAGUGAAAGUUAAAGAGAAAAAAAACUCGAAAUAAAGUAACUGUCCUAUAGUCUCGUGCAGCACCGGGGAUGCUAAAGCACGUGAGAGCGCGUAUGUGGGCACAUGAUGCGGGUGAUUGUUAUAUAUGGGGGGAAUUCGUCCCAAAGUGUGGCGUUGAUGGAGUCGAAAGUGGGGGAGGGUCUAGGUUUAAUGGAGGCCCCUCUGUCCGGACUGAAAACGCUGAAACUUGGAAGCACAUAAAUUAUGAAACCGCAGAAACCACGCUCACGAACUUUAAUUCCCACCCCAGACUACAUGGCCUUAUAAUUAGUUGCGCGAAUAUUCUCACCAAUUGGACGUUACUGCUUUCAAAAGACCGCUGGUCGCCGUAAAAGCAGAACUAGCGGCAUUUAAGCACGGAACUAGUCUUAAAGCAUGUCCUACUCGGUGACGCUAUUUUUCUUCCCUUUCCGGUGCCGAUUUGGUUUUAGUAGCGAAACGAUGAAUUGAAACAAUCCAGUCGGUUUAAACCGCGCGGGGGAAUAAGCGCUAAGAUGCGCCGUACUCACGGCUGCUUAUGCACUGCUUCGGGUUAAAGCAGGCGUGUCAACCUCCCCUUCUGCCUAAAAACCCCUGCUUGUUUUAAGAUUUACGCGUUCAUAUCAGAUAUAAACCCGCAACAAUGUGGGGGCGACUUGCUGUGAAAAUACGAAUAUCUUUACAGGCAGGCUACCGGAGCGCUGAAGUCUAAUUCGGGCCUUGACCUGAUGUAAAGUGAACAGGCGUCAUGUCCCAUCUGACUGAAGUCGUUUUUGUAGGCUGUCACGUUAUGCUCUUCAUGAUAAAAAAAAACGCCCUGUGCCAUCAGUCUCCCGAGCUUUCCCCUGUUUUCCCGCUAUAUCCUUACUGCAGGAUGCGAUGUCCCAUCCUUAACCCACCAGCUUCUUGUAUCGUGCACUAAACUAACGGCGACGAACCCGCAGCGGCGUCAGCCUGAGGAUGCCGCUUUUAAUUCUUAAAAAAUGGAAAGAAUGGAGAUCGCCUGCAAGUGGCUGGCUUGCAUGAUGCUCUGACCCGCUUUUUAAAACCAAGCUACGUGUUCCGUCUGCCGGGAAUCGCCUUAUCGUUACUUGUGCAGUUCCUCAUCUCUUUAGUCCUUCAGAUCAAGCAAUAUUACAGUUUCUAGUUUUAAAAAAAUAGGUCUUUUCUUUUAAAAACAUUGAGGUUGCCCUUAAACAAUAUGCCUUGACAUUAACAGUAUUACUGUGCUUUUUGUUUAUAUUUUAUUAAAAAGAAAAACUAAAUUGUGCCUUUUAUUUUCUUACAUUUACAUGCAUCACAUGGUGGUAACGUGUGUGUGUAAACUCAUGUACAGUGCAAGUAAAUAAAAGUGUUAACUUGUA